CCCUGAGAUGAAGGCCUUGUGGUUUCUGUUCCUGCUUCCUUUAGUGGGGGCUCAAAUUGGGUCACAUCGACCAGAAGGUAUAAUGUACAGUCCUUUAUUGUUCUUGUAUGGCUACAUUGUGAAAAAGGCAUGUACGGCAAAUUAAUUAUUAAUUUUUACAGCAAAUGUGUUGGCUAUAGUCGUGAUAUAUUGAGCACACUUAUAUUCAAAGUAGAAAGACUGCAAAUUAUAUUAGUUGCUAAAAAAUAUAUAUCUACGUGUCGCAACUGUUCAUCUGUAGGAUGUCUAAAAUGCGUGCAAUUCCACAGUUGGUAUAACUAAUAUAUUUAGCGUCAAAUACUUACCUCACGCUUGAGAGCAAAAGAUAAAAGAGAAUACCACUUACAGCACUUGUUUCAAAAUUGAGUUAAUUGUUAGGUAACAAUUCGCCUAUGUCGCACCUUUCUGAGUUGAUUUAAGUGGUGUUUUCCUUUAUUGCAAGAAAAACCUCAAGAUCUCAACAACCUAAAAGAGUUAAAACUCUCGCUACAAGUUCAGACCGCGGCACCAACUUAAGGUACACAGAGGUUUUUCAAUAACAGGUUUUCCCUUAGCUACCGGCUUGAAGCUGGCCAGUGGGUAACUGGCUGUUUCAGAGAAGUUUCAGUUCAGCGCGAUCUCGUUUAAGCGCGCUAUAAGCUAGGGUUUCUUGGUUAUCAUUCAGCAAAGAUAAAGUGAUUGACGUGUGUUUUAACUCUGAUCAGCUGGUACUGAAAGUCAAUUUUCAGUGGUCACAAAAUUAGAAGAAAAAACUUGGCAAGAGCAAUAUGCACUUUGUUGAGUGUCAAUGUAUUAGCAGGAAAGUACUAGCUGAGGACACUUUUUUGUGUCUCCUACUGGAGACGAUCCAUGUUGUUAGCUUUUCGACUAGUUGUAGGCCUGGCUUACUUUCUUUUCCACAUAUCCUGAAAAUUACACGCAUGACUAGUACGCACUGACCUCACCAACACUUCGAGCUCUUAAGCUUUUUAGCUCACCUUCAACAACGCAUAAUUGAAUACAAGCCGUAGAGUGAUCAAACCAAACAUUUGUAGGCCCGGGCCUACAGGUCUGUAGGCGGGCUACGCCCCUAGGAAACACGCGAAAGUCUAACCGUUUGCAGGGCAAAGUAAUUAUUUUCAUUUCUCAGUUAUUUUAAGGCCCCCAGUAUUGGUCCGGCCCCGGGAAUCCAACCCUGAAACCUCCCGCUCUGCAGUCAAGCGCUAUACCGAAUGAGCUAAUCCUGCCGCGGUCAAUAUGAGCGCAAUGUUGUUUCCCUAUUUCAGAGAAUGUUGGUAUCGAUGACCCAAAGUUAUUUGAAGGUGAUAUGAUCCUUACGGAUGCUCAGCGAAUCGCAGCCAUGCUCGGUGAUGACGUCAGCAAAGCGGGAUUAGGCAGAGCGUCUAUUCGUAAGAAUCUGUGGCCUGGGGCAGUACUUAUCUAUCAGCUGGAUCCAGCCAUAGGUAUAUAUGAAUCAACGUAUUCCCCUAUGGACGAAGACCUUACAUUAGAUAAGGAUUAGAUUAAUCGUUUAUUGAUUGAAACACUCGGCGUUCGAUAAACUGAAUUACCCGUAAGGUAUAAAGAAUGGUAAACGAUUUUCAAAAAGAUGGGAAAAAAAAAAAAAGAAAAACAGGAAAAAAUAUGCUAAUAGAAAUACAAUAUAGUUCCAUAAGCCGGUCUUGCUCUAAAACACGUCCGUCAAGUCAACCUCUUGUCUACGUAUUGCAGUGGCUGAUAAUCAAAGAGUUCUUACAUCUGUUCGUUCUGCAAAUAGGGGCGUUGACGACACAAAAGUUUUGUGACAAAGUGUGCUGAUUGGUUCUUGGAAGAAAAAGGCGUUAACUUGUGGUCGUUGUUGCUCACUAUUUUCUUGAAUAAGUCAGAUGACAGAUUUUCUGGCCUCACCUGACUACUAAGGUGGGGAUGCCGGCUGCUUUAGGUGCAUCCCCUUAAGCUAAGCUGAGGGAAUAUAAUCCUCAAAGCGGGCCACUGUAUCUUUUAUACAGUAUAAUUAUUAAUUAAACACUUUUUCUCUUCAUAACACCUUUCAAAAUAAUCACGUACAAAAAUAGGAUUACUACUGACCUAUAGAGCUCUCAAUAACUUUAACGCUUUUAAUCCACGGUACCACAAUGUUGCAAUUACAUCUUCUAUAACUGCAUUAAUUUUGUAAAUGGAGUUGGCAAUUUUUUUCCCUCAGAACGAGAUUCAAGAGCAAUGGCAGCUAUCAAUAAAGCGAUGGAAUUAUGGAGAACCCAAACUUGUGUGCGGUUCAAGAAAAGAACAAACGAAAAUGCCUACGUAUACGUUCACAUUGGCAGUGGGUAGGCUGUAUAUCACUUUGAUGCUUUUAUCCACUUUUUAAAGUGCCUUAAAUGUAAAAUUUCUGUCGAUCCUUUCUUAGGGAAAAAAUUAUCCAACAAAGCUUGCUAUUAAGAAAACGUCCAAGUAAAAAGCAAAACAAGACAAAACAAUAAACAGCAAACAAAAGUAAGACUUCUGGUUGUCCAAAUAUUUUUCGAUUUUAUCGUGAAAUUGUCAUCAGCGUAAUCUAAAAUUAAUGCUUAAGAACUUAUCUGUCUUUCGCUAUAACUUUAGAACUGAGAAACAAGGCUAUUAUAAAAAUGAAUUGACUUUGUUAUUUCAUAAUGAAAUAAUGACCAGCAUGACUUUAGAUGUUUGGAUCUGCUGAAUUCAGAAUAACGCGUAAGUUUUUUAAUUUUUCAGUUGUACUUCGUAUGUGGGCAAAACUGGACAAAGGCAAAUGUUAUCCCUCGCAAGAGGUUGCUGGUACACAGCCACAGUUGCACAUGAAUUCGGUAUGUUAUGCAAACUAACUUGCAUCCGUACACUCAUAGUAAUACAAAAUGUCUUGAAUCUGAUUGGCAGAGAGCAAUGCAGUUAAAAAUAAGCACAGUGAAAAAAAAAAAAGGAAAUAUAAAAAAAUUCGCCUUAAUUUAAGUCGCUUUAAUUAAUUUUUGUAAACGCUAAUUUUCGCGCCGUUAACUAAAUCAGUGGAGCGUUUAUUACUGCAACGUUAAUUUCCUCUAUUCUGGCCCUUAAUUCUCCAUACACUUCUGACACUCUUAACAGCUAAUAAAGAGGGGUAUUUUAUCAGGCUGGAAGUCCGCCAGAAACAGUGUAACUGCGAAGAACCCUCGAAGUGGCCAGAUUUCUUCGCUUGUCUCCCCUCGUACGUUUACAAAGUGUACAUUUCGGAUUAUACGUCUUACUUUGUUCAUGUCGCCUUAACAAGUUUUUUUUUUAAAUUUCCUUUUUUUCAAAGUCGUUUUUUAUACGGAGCGUUAAUUUCCUAUAAUAAGGCAAUACAAUCACAAAGCUAUAAAAUGCAAAUGUCUCGGAGAAUGAAGCUCUGUGAUUGGAUAAUAAACGAUAGAAAGACAUAAGAACCAAUCAGGUGCCGCAAUGAGAGUCCACCAUUUCGGGAUGAUGGGCUCAUGUUUCGUAGGGCUCAAUGGCGGGCCUUCAGGAUGAGGUUAUUACUCGAACACUGAACUGACCACUUGAAUAUUAUUGUUCUUUUUUCAGGUCAUGCCUUGGGAUUCUACCAUGAACAGUCUCGUCCUGAUCACGACGAUUAUGUAAUAAUUAACUGGAAUAACAUACAACAAGGUUGGUACUAAUUCUGGCACAUAAUUUCCACAGAAAAUUUUUAGCAUACGCAUUACAGUAAUUAAAGACAGAACGCUUUAUAGCUUUCUGUAAGCUUCAAAGAUUUACUGAUACUAUGAUGUUUUUUGAUCGUUUUGAAGACGGUUUAUCCAUUUUAAUUCAAAAAGCAACCGCUUCAAACUCGUAAGAACCUUUUUCUCUAACGAAAGAGAAAGGAAAUAAUAACUUUUUUCGUGGGAAUUUGUAGUCGUCAGUUCUUUCAUUACGCAAAGCCUCCUUUAGGGAGGUCGAGCGUUGCGUGACAAGACUAAAAACGGCUGCGUGGUAGACUAAGUAAUACGAGGCUGUUUUUACUCUUAUAUAAGUUUACGUAAUGGUCAAAACUAUUUUAAAAAAUCGAGGGUAUAUUAAUCUUUAUAUAGCAUCUUUUCCUAGGACUGGCGUUUGCAUUUAACAAGUAUCCACGCUCCACUAUCGAUUCCCUUGGCACGCCAUACGACUACGGAAGCGUGAUGCACUACGAAGAUUUCGCUUUUAGCAAAAACAGGCGACCAACCAUUGUUGCUAAGCGACAGGGGGUAUUAAUAUUUCUUCCGCAGUUGUAAUUUGUGGUAACUUGUUUAAUAUGCUUUAGGGAGGAACUGUUAGUCGUUAAUGUUUCUCAGGGUAAAACUUUUUACAUCCUUGCGUACAUUUCGCAAAAGAGAGAUCCAACUCAGUGAAUCUUUGACUGUGUGGGGUACAUACAACUAUCUUUCCUUUCGUCUGGCGUAUUAUAGUUUUUUGGUGCACAUUGAAAACUGCUUGUGACGAUAUACAAGGUCCAAACAUGUCAAAUAGGGAGUUUUCCAUGUUAAGUUAUCGACAUGAUAAGCGGAAACAAAUUUUGUUACUUCGUAAAAACAUGUUGCUUUCUUUCCUUUGAUGCUUGACAUCUUACAGGAUUUUCAUUUGUUAUAGACCUAUUUCCCUGAUAAGCCGGUUUUCUGUGCCUUAAUUACUUGGUUUUAAGUUUAACAUGUUAAUUUUUUUUGCUUUUGCUUUCUGUCAAUAUCAAACCGCCGUUAAAAUCUAUGAUCGCUGAUGGCUGAAAUACAGUAAAAACGAACCUGAACCUGUUAGGCUAAAUUUUGCCAGUCUAAGAACCGGUAAUAGGUUAUUAUCUUUCUUUAUUUUCUAAAAUGUUUAAAAACAUUUUGUACACUUGGUAAAUAACUAAAGAUAAAAGUGAAGAAUGAUCAUCGCAGUUCACUUUCAUCUACUAUACCGCAGUUCAAAAAAUGAAUUAUUUCAUGUAUACUUCACAUCAUAACUAAAGAUAAGUCGAUAUUCAGGAUCCUCUAGGUGCCUUAAUACUCCAAAUGCAAUUGUAAUGGUAUAAGGGUUUUACUCAAAGGCUGAGCUAAAGUACCACUAAAUAAUGUUAGCUACAAUGUAUUUUUUCUUUAGAAAAUGAGAACCUAUUUAGGAACCUAAAUAUCCAAAGUUUGUGCUAAUAAUUCAGGAGAACCUGUUUAGGCUAACUUGGGAUAACGCAGGUUCUUAGUCGCGGGUUUUUACUGUAUCUGUACAUCAUUAGGAAGUUCUUUGUUUCAAGAACUCAUACGUUUGUCUUUGCUUGGUUCUAUUAAGGUUACGCUUGGUAACAGGAAGGGCCCAUCUACGAUAGAUGUAAAGCAGAUGAAUUUGUUGUACAAGUGUAGUGGAGGAGGUAAGAAGAAAUUCAUAAUUUUUCUAGAAGCAUACUUAAAUACUUAGUACUUACUUACUUACUUACGUCUGGUGGACGCCUAAAAGACGGCGGGAAGAAAACUGAUCCCGUAGGACUCGAUCUCUCAUACAACUUUCAAGAUCUCGAACGUUCUCCACCCAGUAUCCCUCAGUAGCGUGUUUAUAACGGAGCACCAUGGGUAAAAAAAUUCCGGUUUGAAAUUUCGGAAAUUCCACGUGGCAAUGGAACGGUCACAUUCCGGUUGCACAGACCUGACCCCUGCAUAGGCGGCCCAAACUCACGUUACGAGCGAAGGGUGUAAUGCCGGUGUCGCGUUACAGGCGACCGUUGAAAACAUAAGAGACUCUGAAUGAGAAAUAUAUUACUGAGAUCUGCGAACGCUAAAUAACCCUAAAACUUACUUUUUCUUAAAUAAAAUGAAUUUAAAAAGACUUACCUCCAAUGUAUUCCACUGCGUCUUUGGUGUCUGUUUGUCGUUUUACUGGUUUUUUGGCUUUAUUGCGUAACCACCAUUUUGGCGAGUUAAGACCCUUUUUAUAGGAUUUAUGGAGCUUCGUGCUGAGACGGUCGGCUUCAGACUCGCCAGCCUUCCCUUAUUUCUCAGUUAUUGUUAGUACAACUCAAAAUCUUAAACGUCGAUAAAACGGCUUCCAAAUGGCUCUAGAAGCAAAGAGACAGUAAUUAGCAAAACAAAACCACGAAGUGAGUCAUUUUUAUUUCUAUUUUUGUCAAAAAAUGGAAUUUAGGACGUAUUUUGCUAUUUUCAUUACAUUUUCUUAAUGUAAUUUGUAAACUUGUGGUUUUCUGGCACCAAUCAGAAGCCAGAACGGAGGCGACCGUUUGGACUGGUCUGGUAAGACAUUGUCCCCAGGGGCUCUUCUCUCCGUUCUUUACUUUUCUUCGUGCCUUAUUUUUCCGCCCUUUUAGACUUUCCCUCGCCCCCACUAUCUGCCCCUGGGUCUCCGAGGAUGCCAUGAUGAAUAACUAGGAAAUCUUUUCAUUGGUCUCAGUGAGAGAUGAUUCAUGUUUGAAUUCUCACAUGCGUGCUUUUUUUUCUCUGGUGAUGAAUUUUGCAGGUUGUGAUGAUAAGAAUGUCAGCUGUCCUAACUGGGCGAAGAAAGGCUACUGCAAGGGCCGAUAUGAACGCUGGAUGUCAACAAACUGUCCAAAAAGCUGCAAAAAAUGCUAAGGU